UUCUUGCGGUUCCCUCGCGGUGAUUUAGUGGUUGGUUUCUUCGCGGAGGUGGAGCGAUUGUGGACGUACGCAAGUGUAGGGUUAGACUUCUUGAUCUUUCGAGCCUUGAGCCAGUUUGUUCGAAGUCCUACACUCUCGCGAGGCUUCUGGAACAAUCACCGUUAGUGACAAAGCUCCACCUGAUUUACAUCGGGGACAUUAACCCAAUUCUUUUGCAAUUUAAAUCGGAUACGACGUCCGUCCCAAGGUUUCUAAACAUAGAUACCCUGAUCUUCGUGCUGUUCGUCAAAUCUAUCCGUGCUUCGAGAGCCCCGGAUGUUACGAUCCUCCUCUUGCCAUUUGUCGAUCGUCGAGCGUCGAAAAAUCGCCAAACUAUGGACACUCCCCUUUCUUGCAAUCUCGCACGAGCCAACUCAACCACCUCGAACCCAUUACUACCGACAAGGACAGCGAUAAAUUGGCGCGGGAUGAAGAAAGAUCGGCAAACUGGUGCGAAAGAGAGGGAGGAGUACCGUGGAAGAACGUUCGAGAGGUGGUAGCGAGAAACUGAGCAAGCGAAACAGAGAGAAAGAGAGAAGAGAGAGAGAGAGAGAAGAGGCGAGAGGCCACGAGUCCGGGAGUGAGUGGUCUACUCGAACGCAGUUAUGCCGACCGGCUCAAACCGGGUGCCGCCAAAUCGAACCCCGGUUCGAAUUCCGCACGGCCGUGGCCGCGUGAAGGAAACGCAACAGAAACAGGAAGAACAAGAAGAAGAGGAGGAGGAAGAAGAAGAAGAAGAAGAAGAAGAAGAAGAAGACGGCGACGACGAAAAAGAAGAAGAAAAGGAACAAAGAAAAGAGUGAGAAGAAGGUGGUGCAAGGAAAGGCACUGAGCCGCACAACAGCUGAUGGGCAAACCUCUGGACGAAAAUUCGAUCGCGAAGCUCCGUCCACCUAAGGAAUUCUUGAAAAACGAUAGACAGAAGAUAGAAUUGUAGAUGUUCGCUAGCGUGAACGUGGCCUGUGCAAUGGAAAAGACACGAACCAAAACUGAGGGGACCAACUGAGAGACUCGAGAAGAAACGUACUUGAUUGGUGAAAAUUCAUUUUGGCGGAAGUAUCGCAGUGUCGCGUGGAGGAUACCGGAAUAUUCGAAUCAUCUUCCAGAAGAAGAAGAAGAAGAAGAAGAAGAAGAAGAAAGAAAGAAAAAAAUCGAAGGAAGACGAAGGUUAACUUUAGAAUCAAAGAUCUACGAAGCUUGUAAAGUCGAUCUACGAACGAAACACCACGAAGAUUUCCAAGAUUUCCAAUCCAAGUCUCGAAGAUCAGCAACGCGACUCUGAUUUCCCUCAAGAAUCAUCCGCGAAAGAGAUAAAUCCGAAAAGGAUCCAGCGCGAAUCGUCUGGUGAACGUUUAGCCAAGUUCGGAUCCAGCGAAAGUCUCUCCCCCCUUUAUUUAAAGAAAAAAAAAAAAGAAAAAGAAAAAAAUAGCUUGGACUCUCGACGGGGGCGCGACAAGAUCUCGCGGCGCGAAUAAAUACUUGCGAGUUCGAAGAGUCGAAGCGAGAGAAACAGAGAGGGGGGGAAACCGGAAGCGGGCGAAUAAAUUGAAAGAAAGAAACGCGAGAGAGGAGGGGGGAGGGAGAGGAUUGAGAGCGCUGAUAAACGCUUGAAUAAUGGGCAGGCAAAUUGCAGCGGAGAAACAACGCGACGUGACAAACGAACGGAUGAUGCAAAUUCAACGUUGGGAUUUGGACGCGCGAACGCGCGACAAUUCGAUGGAAAGCGCGCAGUUUCCGCUGCCGGGGGCAGCCUCGCGGUCUUACGAUCGAGCCGGUCGCCCGGCACCACUUCCGUCCAACCUGUCCUUUUCACGGGACCUUCACGCGCGCUGACUUUCCACGGAGCGAAGAGUUUCCGAGGAAUUUUCUUAUCUUUGUUGGCGCAGAUUUUUUGAAGAAGAAGACCAGGGGGGGGGGGGGGGGGAGAAGAAGCUGAAAAUUGAACGACAGAGGCGCGGCGCGGAGAAUAACGGUGGACACGUGGAGGGAAUUUCAGAAGCUCAAGAGGCGAUAUUUGCUUUUAAGAGCCGCGAGCUUGAUUCUGACUGAAGAGAAAAUUGAAGGGGGGGGGGGGGAUCGUAACUCCAAAGGUGGUGUGUUAGGAAUUUCCAAGAGAGGACGAGUGAAGAAAAGUCUUGGGGUUACUUGAAAAGGUUGGAAUUAAUUAUUUUCAAGAUCAAAGACACAGAGACAUCUCAGAUAAAUAAAGAACUACGUUGAAGCAAGAUCCAAGAUGGGAACAAAACGAGCCAGGGUGAGUGGUUGAGAGACGCGAAAAAGUUGAUGUCCCAGAGAGAAAGCGAGAGAGAGAGAGAGAUUAAAAAAGGAGGACGAAGCAGCGGAGAAAGUUGGUAGGAAGAAAGAUUCCAGGGCAAGCCCGCCCAUAAAGAAGAAAAUCUGAAGGAAGUUCAGACGCCGCAAAUCCAAUCUAAAAAGCUUCGCGUAAGAUUAAACGCCACUUGAACGCCCUUUAGGGCUUUAAAACCCGCCCCUUAAUGGCGCAAUACGUUUCAACGCGUCCACCGCGGUCGUCAAGCGAAAGUACAAACCCCGGAUGUGAAACGAGUCGCGGCUGACCGUAAAGUUGCGCCGAAACCGGGAGAGACUGUCGGUCCCGUUUCUCGUAAACUACAGAUUUUCCCCUCGUGGCUGGUGACUUUCCCAUUUCUCUCGAAUGCAGCCGCGUGAUCGACAGAACACAGUGAGCGUGACUUCGAUUCCAAAAACGAGGCUUCAGAGUUUCGAAGAAGAAACGAAAUGACACGAAUUUGCAAUUCGUUGCGAUAGGACGCUUUCUUCUUGUUUUUUAAGUGAAGUGAAAUAUAUAUAUAUAUUUGUAAUUUAUCGCGACUGUGAAACUAUUAAAUUAAUGAAAAUGAUGACGAGUGCUGGCGUGAGCGUGGGUGGCGGGGCCGGGAUGCUGAGGGCCAGGCGCAGGGAUUGCAGCGUGAAGCCAAACAGGAAGCUCGACCGGAAGUCCUCGAGGGGGAUGAUUUACGAGAACGAAGAGCUGAGACUGAGGACUAUUCACAUUAACGCUGAAGUGGAGCAAGGUCAGAACGACAUCAAGAAGCUGCGCAGGGAGAACGAGCAGCUGCGCAGAGAGAUAUGGAGCCUGAGGGACGAGUACGACAAGCUCGAGGAGAUACUGAAGAGGCAAAAGUGCCGCUCGGAAAGCGAAGAAUACGAGGAUCGCUCCGACGAGGAUGACGGGCUGCGAUCCGAUUACUCGUUCGAGGAGGACGAGGAGGAGCUCAGCCAAGACGGCGAUGAGGCCGCCAAAGAGCAGGACAGACCCGAGCAAUUAGAGAACGUGGAGAAUCAGAAGAUCUCGACGGAGAAGAUGGCCAGCAACGGGCUGCACCGACUGCACGUGGACUUUGACGACCUGUCGGUGGUCGACGAGGAGGAGGAGCUGAAGAGGGACAGGGACAAGAAGGAAGUUCCCACGGAGAACGUUCCGCGACCGAACGAACAGAAAAGUCCGCAUUCCAUCCUGAAGCCGAGACAACUUCACGAGAACAUCCCGUUUUAUCCUGGCGCCUAUCAGCCUCCCGCUUACUACGCCGAGUGUCCCUUCAAGUUCCCAAGCACGCUGAACCUGAUGAUGCCUGCCAACGCGUCGUCGGUGAUGCUGGCCUCUCCGUGUCCGAGAAUGAACGCGGAGCCGAUGGUCCCGAUAUCGAGCCUAACCGAGCCAAGCGUGGACGAGAUCGACGAUCAUCAAAUACUACACGCGCCUCCGGCAGGCUGGCAGAACAACGUCGUGACGCCUCAAACGCAGGUGAGGCACUCGUUCGGAACGAUCGACCUUGACGGCGUACCGAGUAUGCAAAGCUUCCCUGGGAUUCGUCAGGAGCAAUCGAAGCAACAAUCGUUCGUACCGACUGUCGCCGGUUUCCCCAAUUUCCCGAGCUUCCCUCGAAAGAGGGGCGCUAGCUUGAGGCUGUCGAGCAACCCGUUCAAUGCGACGUCCACGUUUGGAAACUCGGAGAAGAUGAUUGAAAACGGCUGGGACGUGAGCCUGGCGAAUUUAUCGAACGUUGGCGACGGGAGGAAGAACACCGAGGCUGAAGAGAGUCCAGGACCGGUGUCGGGAGCCGAGAAACCGAAACACUUUUUCGCCCCGCUGUCUUCGAAGUUGUCGAAGAAACAGAUGGAGGAAUCCUCGCCGACGAUCAGCAGUUCUGGAACCGGCUCCACCGUAGUGUCCAAAAGUCAGUUCACGCCUCGGAAGGGAUCGGCCGAUCUCUACGUGGACGGAGCGAUCCCGCGCGAGGACAAUCGCACGCUGGACGACAGAAGCGGACAGAGGACGUUCUUCAGUAUAGACAACUUAUUGAUCGCCGACGCGAAGUCGGCCACGGUCAAUCAAUUGACGAAGUCGUUGUCGUGGCAGGAUUUGCCGAGCAAGUGUCAAUCUGGCGGCAAGCAGCAGAUGUUGACCCGGAGUGACAACACUUUGGACAAUAUAUCGGACUCGAAGCCUUACAAAUCGUACCUAAACGUGACACUGAGGACGCCGCGCGUCGAGCAGACGGUCAGCCCUGACACCCCGGAGAUCCCCGAGCUACCCACGGUGGACUAUCGGCUCUUCAAGAACCCCUUCCUACGAACUUUCGACCCGACCGCUAGCUACGCGAACCGGAACAACGUCACCAGACCCCUGUCCGUUCAAGUGAACGACGACAGCCUCUACUACUACCCUCCGCAUCCUCAAGUGUCCACCUUUGGCAGAGUCCCUCUCGCGGACAGGUACAGAACGGCUCAACAGUCGGACAAGAACCGUCUCUUGAUCCCGUCCGAUCAAUUGAUCAACGGGAAGCUAACGUCACCGACGAGCAAGCCCCAGAUCCAAGUGACGUCGUUCGAAAGACCGAGCCCCCAUACUCUGGUGGGCCCGUCUACCACAUACGAGUUCAACCCCAUGCGCAGGUUGAACGCCAAUCCAUACUUGCACACCCAGAAUUUGUACCAGAACGUGCCGUUCGUUCCGCGAGGAGGUUUGUACGGGCAGAGAGGGAUGAUGUAUUACAACAACCUGGCGCUCAAGGUGCCAGCACAGACGCAGACCUCCAUAGACGGUGACUCGCAUCAAGAGGACGAGCACGCGCUGUCCCACGAAGAAAGCGCGCCGAACACGCCGAGCGGGCGUAGAAAGAGGGCGGCCAGGAAGGAGAAACCCGCCGCCCCGUCGCCUGCCGUUCAGAGGAAGUACAAGAAACAGAGCAGCGUCACGUCGUCGGAAGUGGUAGAGUCAGUGACGCGAAAGAAGCCCGCGAGGCCGAGUACCACCACGACGACCACGUCCGAGGGCCAGGACGACAAGAACGAGAGCAGAUCGUCGUCGUCGGGUCAAGACUCGCCGAAGAAGGAGCAGACGAGAAGGGUGUCGCUGUACUUCAACGCGAAGAAGAGGCCGUCUCUGACCUCGGUGAGAACGGUGAGAAGCGGCAGCUCGGACACUGGCCGAGAAAAGGAGGCGCUAAACUCCGAGAGGGAGAGGACUAAUUCUGUUAGCAGCCGAGAGAUCGGCAGCGGAAGGAAGGCAAGGAAAGCGAGCACCAGCAGCGGGAACGUGCCUUGGUGCGCCUGCUGGGGCAACGGGUGUGUUUAGGGAGCCGGUAAUUGGUUUUAUUGGUGGCACCGGGCUGGAUCUAAUUAAACGUUCGAGUUUUGUUUAUGUUGCGGCCUGGCUUAUCAGCGUGUCGCCCUCGGCUUUCAUUUUGGAGCGGACUGACGCGGAUGGAAUGUCUGCCGGUGCGAGACGGCAAGAGCGAACGUGCAUUUCGAUAUCGUGAGAAAAAUUUGAAAUAAAUAAGAGGACACGCGCUGCGACUACGACGUGUUUAGGAAAAUGUAGAUCGGCAUCGUUGAAUCAUUUUAAAUGAUUCUGUCGUUUGGGAAAAAAUUUCUUCUCGAGCUGUGAGCGAUAGAAAAUUCACAAUUACCGUAGAGAGUAAAAUAAUUUAACAAGAGACAUUGUAUUGGAAAAUACGAUAUGAAACAGAAACGAACGAGUAACAUUGUUCAGUCAGAAGUUGAAACUUGAAGGAAAAGGAAAGAGAUACGUAAUAUUUUAUAGAGAUCGUACCGAUCUAAUAAACUCGGGAAACGAUCGACCGUGGGACGAGUGGUUUCUCGUAAAGGAGUAACCGAAGGAAAAUAUUGAACAUAGAACUGGCACAGUCCAGGAGGAGCAGUAUCGACCUUCAGCGUAACUAGAAGGCAACCGCUGCAGCCAAUGGGGGAGGUCGUAAAACUAGCGCCAGGCGGAACCAGGACACCAUAAAACCCGUUACCCCGUUCAGGUGACAGUUGCAACCGUGGUGGUGUUCUAGCCAGGAAUACAGAAGCACGGGUCCCUGCCCUCUGCGCCGAGUUGCUCGAGAAGCAAGCGAAUCGAAUUAGGGGAUUAAUACGUAACGAUGUCAGACCUGCCGCGUCGAUGAUCGCCUCGAUAAAAGUUUCGCAAACUGUGCCAGAACCAUCCAAUUUUGUUAUCGAUCGCUCUUAGCCGAUUCCAACGGAACAAAAGGGAUUUUUCUUGUUCGUCCUGUUCGUUCGAUUCAAGCCUUCGACGUUAGGUAUUAAGUUCUCGGAGACACGUCUGUGCAUUUAUCGUAAUUUAAGGUCGAGGAGAUUAACGUAUCUGAAGACGAGAUUAAGAGUAAUAUGUCCUUUUUUGUAUUUUUACGUAAGAUUGCUUUUUAUCUACGAUGUAACCUCCAAGAGAUGUAAAUAACAAUUCAGUUUCGAAAGUAAA